CUCGCAGUAGCCGCUGGACUCGAGUUUGCCGCUCUCCUCUCUCCUCGCUCACUGGAUUAAAGCCUGCUGAGACCAAAGCAAGGAAGCCAAUGCGAAGCAAUCACGAGAGAGGCUAGACGGGGACCUGGAUGGCCCUGACUGACGGCGGCUGGUGCGUGGUGAAGCGGUGCGGCGCGGACGCUGGCGACUCCUCCUGCCCCUUCCCCGCCAGGGAGCCGGGCCCCUCUCCGCCCUCUCCGGCCUCUUCCUCCUGCUGCUCCCCGGGCGAGCGCGGCUCCUCCAAGACUCCGCAGCACGAGCCCGAAGGGACCCGGCCUCCUCCCGCCGCCGAGGGCAGGUCCCUGCUCGCCCCCUACGUGCACUUCGGAGCCCCCCACGCGCCCAGCCUGCCCAGCUGGGAGGACAUCCUGCUCUUCACGGAUUUAGACCAGACCAACAAGCUGCUCUGGUCCAGCCGCGGCUCCAAGCUGAGCCCCUUCGGCGCCGAGCAGCCCGAGGAGAUGUACCAGACCCUGGCGAUCUCGGCCAGCCAAGGGCCCCCGGCCCCUUACGAUGGAUCUGCCGGCAGCUUCAUGCACUCCACGGCCAGCUCUCCGGUCUACGUGCCCACCACCCGCGUGGGCUCCAUGCUGCCCAGCCUCCCCUACCUCCAAGGCAGCGGGGCCGCCCAGCCCAGCCACCCGGGCAGCAGCCACUCGGUGUGGCCCCAGCCGGCCUCGGAGAGCCCCUCGUACAGCAACGGCAGCGGCUCGCACCCCUCGGGCCGCUUCCCUUACUCCCCCAGCCCGCCCAUGGCCAACGGGGCCUCCCGAGAGCCGGGGGGCUACAGCAGCAGCCUCAAUGCCAGGGACCAGUACAGCCCGCUGGGCAGGCCUCUGAACGGAUCUUACCCCGGCCACUACCCCUCCUAUGUGGGACCCCAGCUCACCCCGGCCUGGCCCACGGGACCUUUUGAGAACUCCAUGCUGCACUGUCUGCAAAGCCGAGCCACCCCGAUCCCGGUGCGGGCUCCCAGCUCAGACCUGCUGGAAGAUCUGUCCGAGAGCCGGGAAUGUGUGAACUGCGGCUCCAUUCAGACCCCUCUGUGGAGAAGGGACGGCACCGGCAACUAUCUGUGCAACGCCUGCGGGCUGUACACCAAAAUGAACGGCCUAAGCAGGCCCCUCAUCAAACCCCAGAAGAGAGUGCCUUCUUCGAGACGGCUUGGUUUGUCUUGUGCCAACUGUCACACCACAACCACAACCCUGUGGCGUAGGAAUGCAGAGGGCGAGCCAGUAUGCAAUGCCUGUGGCCUUUAUAUGAAACUUCACGGGGUUCCUCGGCCUCUUGCCAUGAAAAAAGAAGGAAUUCAGACUAGAAAGCGAAAACCAAAGAACAUAAAUAAGUCAAAGACAUGUUCUGGUAACAAUAAUAAUGCAGUUCCUAUGACUCCAACAUCCACGUCUUCUACUAACUCAGAUGAUUGUAGCAAAAAUGCUUCCCCUAGCACACAAACUACAGCCUCGGGGGCGGGUUCUUCAGUGAUGUCUGGCCAAGGAGAGAGCACCAGCCCUGAAGGCAGCACACUCAAGUAUUCAGGUCAAGAAGGGCUGUACACAGGAGUCAGCCUGACCUCCACAGCUGAAGUUACAGCAUCGGUGAGACAGGAUUCCUGGUGUGCCCUAGCUUUAGCAUGAUUCAGAGAAGAUGAAUCUGGAUACCUGCACUGGGCUGCAGCCUUUAGACGUCCACACUUGUUUUUGUUUUGUUCUGUUUUAUCAGGAAGUCUGAGCAGCAGGGAGAGUGCUGGCUAGAACAUUCCUCUGAUGUUUUUGUGCCUUAAUGAUAGAGGUGUUUUUUCCAAAGAGGUUCUGCCUUAGCAUCCAGCUCCUCAUCUAUGCAAGAAAAACAAGGGAAAGUGAAUCUCUCCCAGGGUAAAAUGAAUACAGCCAAAAAGAGCACCCUAGAGCUUUUGUUAGGUUCCAGAAAUACAUCUUCAAGAAAUCCAGCAACGCUGCCUUUUUGAUUGUAUGUUUGUUUUCACUCUCUCACUUCUCCAAAGAAUUUGAUUGGUGUAGUCAUCUUUUGGGAGGGAGAUAAGGGAAGCCUUUGAUGAUAAGGGAUAGUGAGAUAAAUUUAAGAAACCGCUAAUGUGCGUAUUGCUUAUGCCAAUGCACACAUCUUGAACUAAACCUUUGAUGCCCUCUCACAGGUCAGUUCUCCUGUUAGCACUGUCCGUAUCCAGUAUGCCUCCAUUACUCUGUCAUUUUCCUGCAUCAGAGUUCAAGUACACCCAUGGAGGAAAUCACAAUGUUUGGUACAAGUCUCUCAAGGUCGAGUCCGUUAAUGAGAUCUUUUGUUUUAAAAUAUUUACUCACUUUGCAAGACUGCAUUAUAACUUUUAAUGUACACUGUGACUGAGGUUUAUGAAAGUUAAUAUUUUGUGACUGAACUCUAUAUAGUCAGUCAGAAUUUGUAAACAGGGUAGCAAUCAGAUAUUUUUCUUCCAUAUAUAAAAUAAUUUUUUUAAAAAAAAGAAGUGCAAUUUGCGUUGCAGCAAUCAGUGUUAAAUCAUUUGCAUAAGAUUUAACAACAGUUUUUAUAUGAAUGAAUGAAUGUAAACAUUUUAACUUAAUGGUACGUAAAUAAUUUAAAAGAAAAAAGUUAACUAGGCAUCCUUAUGCUUUUUUUUUUAUUGCAGCAAAAACAUCCCACUUUCUGUAUUUCCAGUUGUUAAAACACAGUUUUCAAGAACAAACCUUCUCUCAGGAAAAACACCCUUAUCCAUUUACUCAUAAGUUUUGUGCAGAAAAGCAAACGCAUCCCCAGUGUUUUGCCAUUGAAUAAGUAUGUGCUGGAAAGAUACAAAUUGCAAUGAAACGUUACUACCUAACUGAUACAUAUGUAAAUACUCCAUAAGAUAUUGAGGCAUCUUUAAGAUUUAGGAUGCAAUCUGUAUAGUGUGACUGACCCAUAGUUAGGUUGGUUUACAUUGUUUUUUAAAUGGGAUGUCAUUUGGAAAGUUGUUCUUUCAUCAGAGCUUUACAAAUAAAAGGGUAUUGUUUUUUUCUGUACAAUGAGACUUCUCCUUUGUUUCACUCUGGUAUAUUACAAAAUAUUUAGCAGUAUUAAAAGCUAUAGAAAUGUGUAUGAUG